AUGGCUUGGCCAGUUAUAGCCCUUCUACUCUCUUUGGCAUUUCUUCUCCCCCUUUCAUCUUCAACAUUAGAUGCUAAAAGUGGAGGCACAUCUCUCUCAGUAGAGAAGACAGAAGAAGCUCUGAAAUCACCAAAUGGUGCUUUCUCUGCUGGCGUGGGUGAUAAUGCCUUUUGCUUUGCCAUAUGGUUUAGCAACUCACGCACCAUAGUUUGGAUGGCAAAUCGUGACCAGCCAGUUAAUGGAAAGCGAUCAAAGCUCUCCCUCCUUAAAACUGGCAAUCUGAUCUUAACCAAUGCUGAUACACUUCUUCCUCAACAACUACUCACUAAAAACAUAAAGCUUGCAUCCUCAAGAAGUCAGGGCAACUAUCAUUCUGGAUUCUAUCAGCUUUUCUUCGACAAUGAUAACGUUCUCCGCCUUCUCCAUAAUGAUCCUGAGAUUUCCAGUAUCUAUUGGCCUGACCCAUGGCUUGCAAGCUGGGAGGCGGGGAGGAACUCAUAUAACAAUAGUAGAAUUGCUGUCCUUAAUUCCUUGGGGAGCUUUAGUUCAUAUGAUGGUUUUAAUUUUAUGUCAAAUGACCAGGGAGCCAUGCUUCAUAGAAGAUUGACAGUUGAUUACGAUGGUAAUAUUCGAUCGUACAGUUGGGAAGAGGAGAGGCAAACUUGGAUUGUCUCUUGGCAAGCCAUUCAGACACCUUGCAAUAUUCAUUUUGCUUGUGGGGCCAACAGUUUGUGCAGUUAUGCUGUUAGUUCUGGAAGGAAAUGUUCUUGUCUUCCAGGGUACAAGAUGAAAAAUCAUACUGAUUGGGCUUAUGGGUGUGAAACCGAAUUUGAUCUCUCUUGUGACAAAAAUGAGUUUGGCUUUAUGCUGCUAUCCCAUGUUGAAUUUUACGGUUAUGAUUAUGGGUUUCAUCCCAAUUACACCUUUGAUCAAUGUUGGGAUUUAUGUUUGCAAUUAUGCGAUUGCAAAGCAUUCCAAUACUCCUUUAAGAAGGAUACUGGUUUUCCAACUUGUUACCUUAAGAUACUAUUGUUGAAUGGGUAUCAAUUGCCGAGUUUCUCUGGAGACCUUUUCUUGAAAGUGCCACAAAACAAUAUCUUCUCUUACGCCAAACCUAUAGAAGAAUUCAAUUUAAACUGCACGAGUAAGGUACAAUGA